AUGUGUGCCGUUCGUGGCGGAAAAGACGUAAUAAUCCCCGGCGCGGGAGACGACGAUGUCCGCGGGGCGGCAGGGGCAGAUCCCUCCAUGCAAAAGGACAUCACUCUCCUCCGCCCGAGCUCCCUUCAGCGACGGCACCAAGCGCUGCCUGCUGCCGCGCGCGUUGUCCUCCGCUGUCUCUCGUCUACUUCAGAAAACCGAUUUCGCAUCCUCCCCAUCUUCCCCUCCCCCUCCCCCCCUUUUUGCCCUCCUCCCGUUUCUCGUCCCCCAACCCCGCCCUCUCCCCCGGCUCCUCCCCGCCUCUCCUCCAUCCCGCUCCGCCUCAGGAGGACGCCACGCUACUGCGACAUUGGGGCGCGCUCGAGGAACGCUCCCUGCUGCCUGCUGCCUGCUGCCGCACUCCCCUUCUGCUCAGUCCUCUCUCACGACCCUCUGCCAUCUCCUUACCCCCUUCUCUCUCAGGAGGACGCGACGCUACUGCGCCACGCAUUGCGCUACGGCACGCGGCAGUGGGGCGCACUCGAGAAGAGCUCCCUGCUGCCGCACCGGGACAACAAAUCCUGCUGUAACCGCUUCCUUUUCCUAAAAAAAAAAUUCACUGAGUCUCACCGGCGUUGGCAAGAGGGACGGGAAAAGCGCUGCUCCGGAGAGAGGCGUGGAAGUCCAAAGCAGGACAAGGAAGGCUCGUCACCAAGCGGACGGGCGGCAGACAGCGUCAGCACGCAAAGCGACCACGAGAAUCCAGGGACCUCAGCAGGAGCAGGCGCAUCUGCUGAAGCACUUGAAGCAACACCUGACACACCACCACCUCAAGCACCGGCAGCGGCGGCGGAACCAAUGACGUACGGCCACCUGUCACUAGCGGCAUGCGAGUGGCUGUUCCUGGGCCUGGGCGAACCCAGGGAUUGGCCAGAGCUGCAUGACGCCGGUGCAGGCAGCUUGGGUGUACCUUUCACAGGCACUCUGAACGCCGGUGCAAGCAGCUUGGGGAGUGCUGCUCUUGAGGGUGCUUUCGGCGCCGGUGGGAGCAGUAUCGGCGCGGUGAGCCAUGCUCUCGCUGGUCCCGGCAGCGGAAGAUUCGAAGGGGGAGGGGACCGCUUUCCCCACCCAGAUGGAUUCCCCUCGUUGGUUUCUGGUGAUGCCGCCGCCCCUGCUUCUGCCGCUGCUCCUGCCAGAACACUUACCUUUUCCUCUGCUCGCCAUGCCCCCCUCUCUGCUGCUCUCCCUGGUUCAUUCUCCGCAGCUCAUGGCACUUUGUACAGUCCGCCUUCCCACCAACCCUCUGCCAGGCAAUCGCCAUUUUUUGGGCAGCCGGCAUUUGCCAGGCAUCCACCUUUUUCCGGGCAGUCACCUUUUUCCGGGCAGUCAACAUCUCCUACACCAGCACCUGGGUUCCCUUCAGUCAGAGGAAGCUUCCCCCCUCUUGCAACGAUUCUGGCUCGCCAUGCCUCACGGUUGCGUGCUGAUACCACCGAAGCUGCUCCUGACACCACUAGUGCUGCUGCUGCUGCUGCUGCUGCUGCUGCUGCUGCUGCUGCUGCUGAUUUUGCUGUUGACGGAAGCGCAUGUGAUUCGAUGGCUUUUGGGUCGUUGCAAGCAGGCACCACCGAUCCAUCGGGUGCUUUCCUGCCGUUUUUUUCGACUGCGCCAGAAGACCGACGGAGCUUCAGCGACAGUGCUGGUUGGGGGCACAAGCGGAGGUUUGGCGAUUUCCAAACGAGCUCCGCGGCUCCCUGUCGAAUCACAGACAAGGCCACGAACCAAGAGAUGAGCCACGUUACGAGCCAGGCCACAAACCAACCAGGUUCGAUGGUGCACCAAGCUACUCACACAGAAGAGAAGCGGGGUGAUUCGGCCCUCCCAAAGUUGGGUGUGAUCAACCAACAGCUGCUCCUGCUUCAGCAGCAGCAGCAGCAGCAGCAGCAGCAGCAGCAGCAGCAGCAGCAGCAGCAGCAGCAGCAGCAGCAGCAGCAGCAGCAGCAGCAGCAGCAGCAGCAGCAGGAAGACGAGGAGCAGCAGCAGCAGCGGCAGCAGCAGCAGCGGCAACAGCAGAAGGCACUGCUAAAGCAGCAGCCGAAUAUCCCCAUUCUUCCGCACUCGUUUCAGUUCCCCUUCCCUCCAGCUCUGGCAGAGACAGCAGCAUGCCGAUCCGCCCAGGCCUCGUUUGAAGCACCUCCGCAGCUGCUCUCAUCCUCGUUUGAAGCACCCGCACAGCUACACUCCCCGCUCCUCCCCACUCGCCCGUACCCCUGGUCCUCGCACCCUUACACCACACCUCCUCCCUUUCACCCAUUUCAGCGGCCGGUCGGAUCUGCUUCCGCUCCAGCCUUUUUUGGGCCAGCUCACAUGCGGCCCUUCCCACCCACUCCCCCGUCCAUCCACCAGUCCCCUCCCUCCGCUCACCCCCCUGCUGCUCUGACUCCUCAGUCAAGUCAGAAAUCUGCUCCGUCCUUUCACCAGUCCUCUUAUCAUUCCGCCCCCACUUCACAUGAUCCUGCUACUCCCCCGCCUGCCACACUCGCUGCCACGCCUCCUCGCAACAGUCCACGCAAGCACCUUUCGCCACAAUCACACCGAAUGCUUUCGCCACAGUCACAGCAGCUUCCCUCACACCAGCACCUGCGCCCACUCUCCCCUCUCUCUUCCCCAACCGACCUGCAAGGCUCGGCAGCGCUUGGAGGCCCAGGAGAGGUCGGAGGUUCGGCAGAGCUUUGGCAUGACAGUGACUGUAUCAAGGGGCACAUGAAGGAGGGUAACAGCGAAAGCGGCAGUGGGGGCGCAGGGAGCAUGGCCUGUGACUAUAGUGGGAUUGGCACAGUCAACAUGGUAACCGUGACUGCUGGGGCCACGGCAACGACAGAGGCGUGUGACAAAAACGAGUUGCCAGCUGUCAGGCCUCGAUUGGUUCGGUUGGUACCAGCAGCCAGCAGAUCCUUCACGUUCGGCGAUCAGUAUAAACGCGCCCUCGCUUCUGCUGCUAUGGCUGGGAUUGACAGGGUAACCAGCAGCAGUGCGAGCAGCAGGGAGGAGGCUGCCUUCGCCAGCCGUCUAAUAACCAACAAGUGGGUAACCAGUAACGCAGUAACCAGCACUUGGGUCGACGCUGCAGAGGAGAGGCAGGGUGGUGAACCCGGGGAGACGAGGACAAGCAAGAAUAGCCCGCCAAGGGAUGAGGGCCGGAGAAUUGACAGAUAUGGUGACUAUGAUAGUAAGAGGUUCAAAUCGUUCAGCGUGGAUCAUUUCCGUACUAUCACCUCCCCCGGUGACUCUGAAGAUGGUGACUACAACGGCGGCGGUGGUGGGAGUAGCCUAAGGGAACCUACCCGGAAGCUGCGGCAGGGAACGGAUGAGGAGGAGGGAGCGGCAGCAGGCGGGGUUGGUGUUGUAGGUGACAAGACCAUUCUGAACGUGGUGACGUUCUACAAUCCAUGUACGUUCUCCAACCAGGUGCUCUACUAG